AUGAGGCUCGCCAUCUGCGCCCUGCUGUGCGCGGGGAUCCUGGGGCUGUGUCUGGCUGUCCCUGAGCAAACUGUGAGAUGGUGCACUGUGUCAAAUCAUGAGGCCAGGAAGUGCUCCAGUUUCCACAACUAUAUGAAAAGUGUCCUUCCUGUUGGUCCUCAUAUCACCUGUGUGCAGAGAGCCUCCUGCCUUGAGUGCAUCAAGGCCAUUGCGGCAAAGGAAGCAGAUGCUGUGACCGUCGAUGGAGGUUUGGUGUUUGAGGCAGGCCUGGCCCCCUACAACCUGAAGCCCAUCGUGGCAGAAUUCUAUUGGUCAGAAGAUGGCCCACAAACCCACUAUUAUGUCGUAGCCGUGGUGAGGAGGGGCAGUGACUUCCAGCUGAACCAGCUCCAAGGCAAGAAGUCCUGCCACACCGGCCUCCGAUGUUCUGCUGGAUGGAAAAUCCCCAUGGGGAUGCUUCUUCCCUCUGACCCUGUUGAGGAAGCAGUGGCCAAGUUCUUCUCCAGCAGCUGCGUCCCCUGCGCGGAUGGGAAGGAGUUCCCCAGCCUGUGUCAACUGUGUGCGGGAAAAGGGACAGACAAGUGUGCCUGCUCCAACCAAGAACCGUAUUUCGGCUAUUCGGGAGCCUUCAAGUGUCUGCAGUAUGUGGGGGAUGUGGCCUUCAUGAGGCAUUUGACCGUGUUUGAGAACCUGCCAUACAAGGCUGACAGGGAGGCGUAUGAGCUGCUCUGCUGGGACAACACCAGGAGGCCACUGGAUAAAUACAAGGACUGCUACGUGGCCCGGGUCCCCUCCCAUGCCGUUGUGGCCCGAAGCAUGGACGGCAAGGAGGACUUGAUCUGGGAGCUUCUUAACCAAGCCCAGGAAAGUGUUGGAAACAACAAGUCGGCAGAAUUCCAGCUCUUUGGCUCUCCUCAUGGGGAGGACCUGCUGUUUACAGACACUGCCCGUGGGUUUGUAAGAGUCCCACCUAAGACGGACGCCAAGCUGUACUUGGGAUAUGAGAAUUUGGCUGCCAUUCAGCAUCUAAGGAGAGGUGAGGAAGACCCCCAGAGGGUGCUGUGGUGUGCAGUGGGCCACCAUGAGAGGGCCAAGUGUGACGAGUGGAGUGCAGUGAGCGGUGGCGCCUUAUGGUGCACCACAGAGGAGACCACCGAGGACUGCAUGGCCGCCAUCCUGAAAGGAGAAGCUGAUGCCAUGAGCUUGGAUGGAGGCUUCAUCUACACGGCGGGCAAGUGUGGUCUGGUGCCUGUCCUGGCAGAGAACUACAUGCCUACAGAUGGCAAUGAGCAGCUUGGGUCUAAGUGUGUGAAUACACCCGUGGAAGGUUACUACAUCGUGGCAGUGGUUAAGAAAUCAGAUGCCGACCUCACCUGGAACUCUCUGCGCGGCAAGAAGUCCUGCCACACCGCCGUUGGCACUUCUGCAGGCUGGAACAUACCCAUGGGCUUAAUAUACAAUCAAACUGGGUCCUGUAAACCUGAUGAAUUCUUCAGUCAAAGCUGUGCCCCUGGGUCUGAUCCGGAUUCCAGUCUCUGUGCUCUGUGCAGCGGUGGCAGCAAUGCAGCCCACAUGUGUGCCCCCAACAGCCACGAGCGAUACUACGGCCCCAGUGGGGCGCUCAGGUGUCUGGUUGAGAAGGGAGAUGUGGCCUUUCUGAAGCACCCCACAGUCCUGCAGAAUACUGACGGAAAGAACCCUGAAGCAUGGGCUAAGGAUCUGAAGAAGGAAGACUUUCAGCUUCUGUGCCUCGAUGGCACCAGGAAGCCUGUGACUGAGGCUCAGAGCUGCCACUUGGCCAGAGUCCCAAAUCAUGCUGUGGUCUCAAGGAAAGAUAACGCAAAUUUUGUUCGUAGAAUGCUCUUCAACCAACAGGAGCUCUUUGGAAGAAAUGGGUUUGAAUAUAGGAUGUUCCAGCUGUUCAAAUCCUCGACCAAGGACCUGCUCUUCAGUGAUGACACGGAAUGUCUGGCUAACCUUCAGGACAAAACAACUUAUCAAAAAUACUUAGGGCCAGAGUAUCUCAUGGCUAUCGCUAAUGUGAAACCAUGCUUAUCCUCUGAACUUCUGGAUGCCUGCACAUUCCAUGGAAAUUAAAAACUGAUGAAAGUGGGCAACCGCAGAGAUGCUCAGAGCCUGCAAA